AUGUCCGGUCGUACACCAUCAUUCAUUCUGGUCGGAUUAAUCAUUAUUCUGUUUUUACUUGGAAUGUAUUAUAUGUCGUGUUCAUCGAAAAAUAAUGAACUUCGAAUUAAUUUAGAAGAAUUUGAAGAACGUCUUCGAACGUUAACAAUGAAAAAUGGAGAUUAUGAACGUAAAAUUGAAAAUAUAAACAUUCGUAAACGUGAAAUAGAAGAAGAAAAAGCGGCGCUUCAACGUCAAUUGGAAAAGAAAGAUAUUGAAACUAACGAUUUAAAUACGCGUUUGAAUCAAAAAACAGCCGAAUUACAUAGUUUAACAUCCGAGAAACAAAUAUUAGAUAAUAAAUUGAGAGACUAUAAAACUUUAAAUGAAAGUUUAUCAUCGAAGGAGACUUUCAUUAAACAACUGACAGAUCAAUUAGACGAAUAUAAACGUACAAAGGAUAGUUUGGAUGGUGAAUUAGCAAAAUUACGCCAUGAAGUAGAGGAAUAUAAAAAACAAAAAGGUACAAAUAACGAACAACAACAGCCAGUUGGACAAGUUCAAGCUGACAAUCAACAAACACUGCAACGAAAUUCAACAAUUCGAGGACAACCACCUCUAGUUUCACAUCAGCAACAUUUAUCAAAUGAUACUGCAAAAGAAAAUAAUAAUUCGAUUCUAGCGGGUCCAUUGGCUGAAAAACUUAGAAAUUUAACAAAACGUAUCUUACCCUCAGCGGAUAACAGCGAUAGAAACAAUAGAACUGAUCAGCAAGUGAAUAAUUCUAAUAAUAAUAAUAAUCCUCAAAAUGUUCUGCCACCUCCUUUGGCAAAUCCAGCUCAACAAGCCGAACGAGUAGGUCAUAUUGAAUCACAACAAUUACCUCCCCAUCUGUCCAGUCAAAAUAUAUCACAACAACAACAAGAAACUCAAAAUCAAAUUUCUAACCGUAAAGAUAAUCGAUUACGGGAUUCCUUUCAAAAACCUCAUCCAUUUGAUUUUCCUAUUUCAGUAAUUAUGGUUAGUUAUAAAAAAUAUCUGUUUGUACCUUUCGUAGAUAAUUUGAUUGUUUAA